AUGAGGAAGCUGAUCCCUAGCAGUAAAGAGGAUGGGAAUGACAUGGGAAUGGCACUACAGGACUGCCUGCUAGACCAGGAGCCACACCUGUCAAGCCCCCCUACCUCUGGCUUCCAGGCCGGUUUGGCCAGUAGGAGGCAGGCAGCCAGGGCUCAGGCUGCUGCCUGGAUACCUUUCCCCACAGUUGAUGUUCCGGACCAUGCCCACUACACCCUGGGCACAGUGAUCCUGCUGGUGGGGCUCACGGGGAUUCUGGGCAAUCUGAUGGUCAUCUAUACCUUCUGCAGGAGCAGAGGACUCAGGACACCUGCCAACAUGUUCAUUAUCAACCUCGCGGUCAGUGACUUUUUCAUGUCCUUCACCCAGGCCCCUGUCUUCUUCGCCAGCAGCCUCCAUAAGCGGUGGCUCUUCGGGGAGGCAGGCUGCGAGUUCUAUGCCUUCUGUGGGGCUCUCUUUGGCAUCACCUCCAUGAUCACCCUGAUGGCCAUUGCUCUGGACCGCUACCUGGUGAUCACGCACCCACUGGCCACCAUCGGGGUGGUGUCCAAGAGGCGGGCGGCGCUUGUCCUGCUGGGCGUCUGGCUCUAUGCCCUAGCCUGGAGUCUGCCACCCUUCUUUGGCUGGAGCGCCUACGUACCAGAGGGGCUGCUGACCUCCUGCUCCUGGGACUACAUGAGCUUCACGCCAUCAGUUCGAGCCUACACCAUGCUCCUCUUCUGCUUUGUGUUCUUCUUGCCCCUGCUGGUCAUCAUCUACUGCUACAUCUUCAUCUUCAGGGCCAUCCGGGAGACAGGCCAGGCUCUCCAGACCUUCAGGGCCUGCGAGGGUGGUGGUAGGUCCCCCCGGCAACGGCAGCGGCUGCAGAGAGAGUGGAAAAUGGCCAAGAUCGAGCUGCUGGUCAUCCUUCUCUUCGUGCUCUCCUGGGCCCCCUACUCCAUUGUGGCCCUGAUGGCCUUUGCUGGGUACGCGCAUGUGCUGACACCCUACAUGAACUCGGUGCCAGCUGUCAUCGCCAAGGCCUCUGCCAUCCACAACCCCAUCAUUUAUGCCAUCACCCACCCCAAGUACAGAAUGGCCAUUGCCCAGCACCUGCCCUGCCUGGGGGUGCUGCUGGGCGUGUCGGGCCAGCGCACUGGCCCCUACGCCAGCUACCGCUCUACCCACCGCUCCACACUGAGCAGCCAGGCCUCGGACCUCAGCUGGAUCUCUGGACGGAGACGCCAGGCAUCCCUAGGCUCAGAGAGUGAGGUGGGCUGGAUGGACACGGAGGUGGCAGCUGUGUGGGGGGCUGCGCAGCAAGUGAGUGGACGGUUCCCCUGCAGUCAGGGCCUGGAGGACAUGGAAGCCAAGGCCCCUGUCAGGCCCCAGGGACGGGAAGCAGAGACGCCUGGGCAGACCAAGGGGCUGCUCCCCAGCCAGGACCCCAGGAUGUAG